UGACAUGCGCAAACUAGCUCUGGUUCUCUGCUUUGUUUACUACUCACUUUCCUUAGCUUCUAAGCUAAUACAAAACACUUCAUCCAAUGCAUUCACUCUAAUUGAACAGUUUUCUUAAAAUGUCUCCUCGGUCACUUCUCAGGACAUUUGUAAACGAGCGUCUGACGGCUGCUGCCGAGGAAAUAUUUCAGGUUUUUGAAGGAGCAAUAGCAAAAUACGAAGAGGAAGCAUGUAGCUCACUGCAGGAGAUUGAACGUCUCAGAUGUCUGCUACUGGAGACAAACCAGAACAAAGAUCACUCGCAGUUGUCAAUCUGUAAGGAGGAAUCUGUCCCCGAGCCACAUAACUGUGACCAGGAGCCAAGCCUCAGCGUGUGUCAGAAGGACCCAGAGCCUCCACACAUUAAAGAAGAAGAUAAAGAAAUCUGGGCCAGUGAGCAACAAGAAACACAGUCAUACCUAGCUUCUUCAUCUACCUGGGAGACAAAUGAGCAACGGGACAUAAAGCCACCUUUACAACCUCAGCAUCAAAACAGGGACAGUGAGCAGUUCCAGGAGCCUCGAGCAACGGAAACUAUACACUUUAUGCUACCUCUCCCCUCAACUCUGCUCUCUCAAACUCUGAUCAGAAAUGGAAGAGUCCAAGAUGGUUGGGAGGGAGAAGAUACUACUGCAAGAUCAACGUCCAACCAAACACAGACCGACCAAAGUCAGAGGUCCUAUACCGCUUUAAGAGACUCCACACAUGUAUCUGAUAUUCAUUCAGUUGCAAAUGACACUCAUUUGUCUGAUAAACCUUUUUCCUCCGAUCAUGACUUGAUAAAUCAUGCUUGUCUUGUGAAUUCAAAGGACAAAGGUGUCCCCUGCGUUGUAUGCGGACAGAGCUUUGAGUCCGCUGAAAGCCUUAAUGUGCACCUCAAAUCACACAAGGGCACAAAAUGUUGUCAUGUUUGCGGUAAACACUGCAAAGACAGGACCACGCUUACAGACCACAUGGCCAGCCAUGCCGGGGUGAAACUGCAUCGCUGUCACGUUUGUGGGAAAGAGUGCAGCAGGAAAGGAGACUUAAAGAUACACAUGAGGUUUCACACGGGCGAGAAGCCUUAUUUCUGCUCUUUGUGUGGUAAAAGUUUCACCCACAGCGGACAUCUGAGGAAGCACAUGAGGAGCCACACCGGAGAGAGGCCUCACCAGUGUGACAUCUGCGGCAGAGGCUUCCUACAGAGAGUACACCUGAAAGACCACCUAGUGACUCACGCUCCGAAAUUUUAAUGCAAGACUACUUUUAAAGUGCAUGUGUUCUUCUUUUUUUUGUGGAAAAGGAAGUAGUUCCAAAUGUCACUUUUAGUAGUCUGGUAAAUACAAGUAUACUGUAUGUUCUGCUUGAAAUUGAGCUGUGUUCUGGUGGGAAAUCACUACUGAGUAAAAACUAACAUGAAUGUGCUUUUGAUAUUAUUGAGUCAUGACUCUUUUGCUGAUGGUCAAAAAAAAGAUUGAGACGUCAAGUGGGACAAACCAUCAAUAUAUGGCACUAUAUCAUCGUUCUGACCCGUGCUAUACAAUUAUCAAAUUGCUAGUUUCAAAUAUUGAAAUUCUAAUAGCAAAAAAUAAGACGCUUAAUCAAAUGUCCCUUCCGAUUUGACUCACAGCGUCACUACUUCAUGACUCCUCAUGGUGGCGCUUAUGACAUGAAUGAGGGUUACCGGAACCUAAGUGAAUUGGACAUAGGAGAAGCUGGGAUCGGGUAAAUGUUAGUGUAAGACACUCUGAGAUGAAACAUAAUAAGUCAGCAGUGAAUACAAACAUUCAUCCUGAACUUUACCUUUUCAGGGGCUUAUUACAUUCUUGAGUUCAUAAGAUAUUCUGAUGUAUCAAUGUAUGAUCAUUCUUCAUUCAACAACGUGGCCUCACUGACAUUUUAAAGCAAAUAAAUCUAUUACUUCCGUCAUUGUUCCUCCACAUUGGUGUUCUGAAAUGAUAUAGAAGAAAAACAUUUAAAAAUAAAACCAUAUGAACUAUU